UAAUACAGUAAUGUCCUACCAGUGUCUUCUGUCAGCAGCCAUACAGGUGUUACCAAAUUGUUUGAUGAGUGAGUGGUCAAACAUUGUAUGUCUAGUUGGUCAUCUGGUGAGGGCUGACCAGGUCCACGUCCAGUUUCAGACACAUUACAUGAAACAUCUGCCACUUGUGGACCUCACAGGUGUUAAGUAUGAACUGAGCUUGUUACAGUUUACCUCAGAUGUGAUGUGCCUAUGGCAGACAUUGUAUGGGUUUAUGAUGCAAGAAAAAAGUGGUGAAGGAUUUUGGUUUCAUCUUAACCAAUGUUGUGCCAACACGCUCAAAAGUGUCUUCAGCAGUCUCUCUCACCCAGCUACCAGCCAGGCCUUCCUGUUGAGUCAAGCAGUAUGCCACGUCUGCCAUCUUCUGUCUAUUCUCCCUGCUCUAGGCACAGAAUCCAUGUUUGUCCUUGUUCUAGACUGGCUGUCAGAGCUACAGGCAGAUAGUGUACUUAAGUAUACGUUAUUGUACAGAGAAACGAUUGAGGAAAGUAUUAGACUCAUUCAAAAUGAGCAGUGGUCUCAAACUUUGCUGAAAAAGUUGUUAUAAUGGUGUCAUUUCAUCAAGGAGACCCAGGAAGAAUAUUUUUGCCAAAUCAUAUUUAAGACUUCCCUGAAGGCAACACAAAAAUGUAUCCAUUGGUGUUUGCGAAAUACAUUCACAUUAUACAGGGACCUCAGUUCUGAAAUCACAGACUCGCAUGUAAUGUUGCUCUGACCUUUAAGACAGCAAAAAGAGAGGUAGAUUUGAGAGUUGGGUAUGACAUCAUGGAACUUCUAUCUCUUUUCAAAUAAAAUAUAAUGAAAAAAAUGAUUUGUUUAUGGAUUCUUUAGGAUUUAGAAUUGUGCAUACAUGACAGGCUAAUCAUUGUCCUUCACAAACAAAUUUAAAACUUGAAGUUGUUCAUUUUAAGACGAGCAAUAAUAAAUUCUGACUGAAAUUUUGCCCCAGUUCAGUUACUGACAUAUCUGCAGUUGUCUAGUUGGAGACAGUAACUAUGGAUCAAUCACAUAAUCCAAAGCCAUGUCUUUCUUGCUAUAAAACAGUCAAAAUAUUGCACCUUAAAUGGACUAGGUUUGAUUUAUCUCGAGUAAAAACUUCCUUCUGGAGUUCUUUGUGAUGCCCCCCUUACAUCAUGACAGUUCAAAUACAGGUAAGUUGGUAUCAGACUAUGUUAUCUGAUUUCAAGAUGAACCCUGUUCUCUGUGGUACACCCACCAUCAACGCUUGUCUCCAGUCUCCUGUCUGCUGGAACUUCAACAAAAUGUCA